AUGUCAUUAGUAACUAAAAGGGCCAUCGAAGAGGGGAAAAUAGGUAGAUUUAUCAAAAGACACAGAAAAUCUUUGACCAACCCGCUGAAUGAAGAUGAUGGCAUUUCCAAUUGCAUUACACGCGUGCCGAUUUCAUUAUAUUUGUCACUAGCUCCCAUGUACUCACAAGAGCCACUGUCGGGAAUAAUGAAACAACACUUGAACCCAAUGGUUAUGAAAUACAACAGCACUGUGAAUGGAGUAGUACUAGGUUACAAAAAUUUGGAGCUCGUAGAUGCAGACCCACUGAAUAAAUCAGAUUCCGAAUACAAAGUUGUUAAAUUGAACUCUGAUACACCAUUUGCCUUCACAUGGUGUCACGUUGAUCUUUAUGUAUGGCAACCGCAGAUAGAUGAUGUUAUCGAAGGAUGGAUUUUUAUUCAGUCGGCAUCUCAUAUUGGUCUUCUGAUUCACGACGCAUUCAAUGCCAGUAUCAAGAAAAACUAUAUUCCAUCAGAUUGGACGUUCAUAGAUAACGAGGUGCAGGCGGACCAAGACCAGGACGAAUCGGGGUCAAAUAGUCGAGAAUCCAAUGACGCAGAUAAUGCUAACAACUAUGAUUCGGGUUUCAGAACUAGAUCUCUUGGGUAUUGGGUGGAUUCCAACGGUGAAAGGGUCGAUGGAAAAUUGAAAUUUCAUGUUAGAGCCAUACACACAACUGGAAGAGUCAUAUCGAUAGAAGGAGCCCUAUUAUCAAAUGUAGGUGACUGCAAAGAGCGUUCCGAGGCCGAAAAUUUAUCAGUGGUAUCGAGUAAGAAAAUUGUGUUUGAUGAUGAAGUCUCUACAGAGAAUAGAGAGUGUCAUAGAGACUUGGAUUUACCUAACAUCGAGGAGAAUAAUGGUGAGGAAGUAGUUUACGAGGAUAAUUCUGACAGUGAUGAAGAGUCAAGCGAUAGCGAAUAG